AUGGCAACAUUGAAGGAUAAGCCCGGGGUCUCAAAUCUGGUAUUUUCGCCUGAUGGCAAAACAGUAGCCUUCAGCAAUCACGGUGAAAUUCGUUUGUGGAAUACAGAGACAGGGACUGUUCUUAAUAUGUCGCCCUCGGAUCCGAAGAACAAUUUUCCUGAGAGGUUGGAGCCUGAAAUCAGUGCCUUGGUAUUCUCACCAGAUGGAAAGAAAUUAGUCAGUGGAACCAUGGAUAGAAAUAUCCAGAUGUGGGAUACGGAAACUGGGAUUGGCUUGGUUUCUCUCACAGAGCAGGAUCCAGACAAUGUAAAGUAUGGCGUGAAAGCGGCGGCAGAUGCUGACUCUGACGCAACCGUAGUAAAAACCGUGUUUCCUGACGCAACCGUCACAUAUCAAGAUCCCAUCUCAGUGUUGGCAUUCUCUCCAAAUGGUAAUCUGCUUGCCGCGGGAAGUCAGAAGCAGAUUCGGUUAUGGAACAUGGGAACUGGCAAUUGGGGAAAAGGCAUUUCCUCAAUUAACAAUCGUAAAGAUAGCAGAGAGGUUUUUCACGGUUCUGAGGCGUUGGUGUUUUCGCCAGAUAAUACGACGCUUAUUAAUGGCGACGGAAAUGGCAGACUCCAGCUGUGGGACAUAACAACAGGAGAUGAACUGACCACUCUCGAUGGACACACAAGACAAGUAGAAACGUUACAAUUUUCGCCCGACGGCAACACACUCGUCAGCGCAGCACAGGAUGGCACAAUUCUCCUCUGGGAUUGGGAGGAAAUCUUCAACGGUUUGCCUGUAAAGGAUAAAUAG